UAUGCGUCGCCUAAAACUGUGACGUCAGCAUAACAACAACCUGUCAUGACAGAGGAAAAAUAUUCGGUUGCUUUUUCACAUUUAGAUAUUAUUAACUAGAAUUCACGUGUAUGUCGGAGCUCCUUUAUAAUUGAGUGACAUCCAGGAGGGACGGGGCAUUCUCCGACCUGUCAGAUUAGCCAGCCGAAGAGACGGGGAACAGGAUAGGGAAGCAGGGCGAGGCGGGCCCCGCGGAGCCGGCGGAGAAAAUGGCCGGCAGCCCGGAGAAGAGUUCAACCGCACAGGAGCUGAAGGAGCAAGGGAACCGACUGUUUCUGUGUCGCAAGUAUCAAGAGGCUGCUACAUGCUACAGCAAAGCUAUAAACCGCAAUCCAUCAGUUGCAGUGUACUAUACCAACAGAGCUCUCUGCCAUGUGAAGCUGCAGCAGCAUGACAAGGCUCUAGCAGACUGUAAACAUGCACUAGAGCUGGACAGCCAGUCGGUUAAAGCUCACUUCUUCCUGGGCCAGUGUCACCUGGAGCUGGAGAACUAUGAUGAAGCUAUUGGAAACCUGCAAAAAGCAUACAACUUGGCAAAAGAGCAGAGGCUGAAUUUUGGGGAUGAUAUUCCCAGUGCCUUGCGCAUUGCUAAGAAGAAACGUUGGAACAGCAUUGAGGAGAAACGCAUCAACCAAGAAAAUGAGCUUCACGCUUAUCUAACCAAACUCAUACUCGCUGAGAAAAAAAGGUGAGCAGAGUUGCAAGACCAGCAUGAUAUUGUUAUUAUUUGUAUGGUAAUUCAACAUGAUGCAUGGUAAAGAAUGUCAUGUAAGAACAUGGAAACCUAGAAACAAAAUGAAGUAUUCAGAUGUAGAACACGGGAGGGUUAAAAAAAGUAAUAU